CGCUUACCAGGUCGUUCUCACAAACCAAAGGGGCCUCAGUGGCAUCAAUUAAUUAUACCCAUGCAAACAUAGUCCUGCCCGUAAUGGCCAAUAUUCCUCAAACACUUCCACGUCGUGAGACAAGAUUGUCACCCACUUCAAUCCAGGAAAUGGCACACCAGAGGUGUGGCGCAGUAAAGGAGGCCUCAGAAUUACAACAGAUCCUCCAUCGAAACCUUAUCUAUCUGGCUACGAUUGCUGAUCGGACCGCUGUUCAUGCCAAUCCCAAUGGACAGCAGAUGCCCCAACAGACAGUGCCUCCAGGUCCCGUACCGGUCCCAGUGCCAUCCUCCACUGCACCGUCCCAUGCUCCUCCUAUGGGAGUCCCUGGAGUCAGUGCAUCUCAGUCAGCAAGUCCUCAGCAAGUCUCGGUUUCCACCUAUCCCCAUGUUCCGGAACGAUGUGCAGCUAAUUCGUACCCUCCCCAGAUGACCCCAUCUAGCGGUCCUUGUACGAUCUCUCAGGACAAUGGGUCAGGUUACCCGCCAUCGAUGGCUGGUAUGACGCAACCCGUGAUGAUGAAUCUUCCUCCACAACAUUUCCAGCAAGGCCAAUCAGAACAGCUACCGAACGGCACUGAUACACUCAAGAAAGAAUCUGAGGGGAACUUGUAA